AGUAAAUACAUGCAGAACGAACAGUUAAACGAAUUUACUCCAGCAGAGCAUAUUCAUCAGAUUCGCUCAUAUUUCGAUAUCAUAGACAAUGCAGUUCAAAUUGGUGACACUAAUAGAAAAUAUUCUGACGCAAAGAUUCCAUCACAACCUGGAACUGCUAAAGAUAACACAUGGGUAACAUUCAAUCUCUCACCUCCUGGUGAAAAUAUGUUGGACCUUUACAAUACAUUCAUUACGUAUAAAAUGGAAGGUCAAUUUAUUGUAGAUAAAGAAAUUGGUUCAGGUUCCAAUAAAACAAACCCACCAGGAUUUUGGAUUGGUUUCGAUAACGCUUUCUAUGCAGUAGUUAGUAUACAAGUCUUGGGUAUGGUGGCACUGCGUUCCACCUUACCCAAUACUUGUGAAUUUGACACUUUACAAAACCGUUAA